AUGGGAUCAUCAUCUUUACAAAUCUCUGCAUUGCUUCUGGCUUUGGCGGGGCUCAUCAUUUUGCUUGUUACAACUGUGUCCAACAAAUGGAAAAUUUCCAGCAUGGCAACAGCAGUUAUUACUGCAAACUGGAUUUACGAAGGCCUCUGGAUGAACUGUGCAGCUACUGCCUUGGGUUCGGUUCAGUGCAAGAAAUUUUUCUCCUUGCUGAGUUUAGACUCUUACAUACAAGCAUGUCGUGCCCUGAUGAUCAUUUCCAUCGUCUUGGGUCUUUUGGCUACUGUGCUGUCGUUGUUUGGUUUAAAGUGCACCCAAGUUGGAAUGAAUAAUGAAAACACAAAAGUAAAGAUUUCUGUAACGGGGGGAGUGAUCUUCAUUUUAGCAGGACUCUCUUCCAUGGUGGCUGUUUCUUGGUAUGCUGCAAGGAUUACCGCUCAGUUUUUUGACCCACUGUAUGGUGGAACAAAGUAUGAACUAGGAGACGCACUGUAUUUAGGCUGGGCUGGAUCGAUUCUGUCUGUGCUUGGUGGGAUCUUCUUGACUUGUUCAUGCAAAGGGAGAAGAAGAGGAAAGCACAGCGACCGCAAGUAUGACUACUCCGCUGGCCAGGCAGCUCAUCAGCCACGCAUUUACACCAAAAAUUCUGAUACAGUCACAACAUCCAAAGAUUAUGUGUAA